GGACCCCCAUCCACCCUCAUUUGAUCAUUUAGACAAAAGGACUAUCUCCUCACCUCUCUCUCCCCCAUCCCUGCGGCCAACACCCCAAGCAAGAGCCAAGAAAACUCCUCAUCCUCCUUUCUCCAUUGUUGAAGAGAGCUCAACAAGGAAGGACCUCAAGAAGAGGAAUUAAAGUGCAAAAAGUGUGAAAAUUAAGGUUGAAGCUAGGGCUUGCUACUUGCACCUUCUUAUGGGUGAUAUCAACUUCAGGAAGAUGUGAAAUGGAGGGCAGGCGAAUGGCAACCAGGAACAAUCCGAGGGGGCAGGCGCCGGUAGCAUCCCAAAGGGGAAGCCGGGCUGCAUCUCGGGGUUCAAGAGGAGGCCGUGGAGGCCGUGGAAGCCGUGGAGGUCAUAGGGCUCAAACUGUGAGCGACGGCCAUGUUAGUUCGGUGUAUGAAACCAACACCGAAGACUACGACUCUACAUAUGUUCCGGAAACGGAGCAUGAGGAGACCCCAUAUGAUGGGGGUGACACGUACACUAACGAUGAUGAUGAAGAGAGUGAUGCCAAGUUCGCCCAAAUGGGCGAAUCGCUUGAGUGGUAUCAAAAAGAGAGACUGAGGAGAGACCUUAGGCGCUAAGCAAGGCGUGGCUCUCGUGGUGGUUCCGGUCACAUGAUGGGCGCGAAGGAGGUUUUUGUGUGAGAAUCUCAAAGUACCUCAAGGAGGCUAGGGCCUUGGGGUGUAAGUCCUUUGACGGCACCGGUGAU